UUGCCAGGUUGUGCGGAAAAAUGUAGAUAUUCAUAUUGAAUUUACUGAGAAAUUGUUCUGAAUUUUUAGAGCAAUCUGGCUAUGAUGCUUAACACAGAGCAGGUGGUUCCCCUCCCCUCUAUUUCUCGCUCUAUCUGCAACUGCCAAGUGCAGAGUGCAGCCAAUCAACUGCCCCCCUGCACUGCCGGCAUUUCGAUCAGCCUAUCAUUGUCAUUUCCCCCUUCUCACCAAUACAAAAGACCAUUCAAUAAUUCUAACCCAUCGGAUUUACCCGAAAGCCAAUGCCUACCCUCUUUUGUUUACCAGUUCAGGCUUCCGUUACUUUACUUUCUAAUCUGUUCCUAUUGCUUGAAGAUUCAGUGCUCCUUGUUCCUGUUACUACAAUCAAAUUCCGCCGGAGAUGACUGCACUUAAAACCACGAGGGAUUGUUUUGUUUAUUCUUGAUUCACGCAUCCUGCUGAUCAAUUCCGUUACCACCAUGUAUUCGCCCUACCUCAAACCACCGGUGAUCUAGAUUUAAAGGUAUGAAACUUAUUUCACUUAGAUAUGGAGUCGAAAGCUUCCACAGCAGAUGAGAGUCUCCAAAGCAACAGUCCCGAUUCUUCCAAUGGCAUUGCUACCGAAGAUUCACUGUGCACCGAUAGUUUCUCCCUUACUAAUUCUCCUAACCGUCCUAUGUCACGAGAAUCAGUUGCUCACUCUGAUUCUCCUGGCUUAAUGAACAAGCUCUGUGAUAUUACUAACCUAUCUCGCAGCCCUUCCUCUCCCUACCGCUCUUCUAAAACUGAAAGCGUCUCAACACCAAGCCACAUUAGUGAUGCGCAUUCAUUGCUAUUUGACUCUGGUUACAAUUCCAGUUGCAAUCGUACUAAGUCAAUUGUUCAAAAUAGUCCUCUGUUCCAAGUUAAUGCCAAUAGUGACGAUUCUCUGUCAGUAGAUGACUUGAGAUCAGAACUUAGUUUGAAAGAUGAGGAUGCUUUUCUAGAAUCAGAUGCCCUAGAGCUUGAUCGACCGAGUAAAAGUUCAAAAAGGAAAAGAGUGGUCUCGCGUACCUCUAGUCAAGGUAGCAGUAAGGAAGACAAACCUCUACCUUUAGAGACUUCUGCACCAAAUAAGUCUGUUGAUACAAGUACACCAAGCCGGAAAAAUGAAAUCACAAAGAAACGAAGGUUGUCUGAGUCCUCUCUGAAAAUUCUGCCUUGUUCCGUAGCUCUGAAUAAAUCCAUAAUGAGUUCUCCACAGAAUAAAAGUGGAGGUAUUAAAAUUAGCCCCUCGAAAAGGGCCGACAUGCAAAAGAAACCAAUAGAAUCUUUUGAAAGUGCUAUAGCUGGUCAUUCCAUGAUGCCGAAAAAAAGUGCAUCAAAAGGAGCAGGCAGCCUGAAGAAACCAAUAGAAUCUUUUGAAAGUGCAAUUGCAGGUAAUUACAUUAUGCCCAGGAAAAGUCCUUUAAAAAAGGCUGUCAUUCAUAAGAAACCAAAAGAAUCCUGUAAAAUUUCAGUCGCAAAUUCUGCUUCGACUUUGUUGAAAAAGUGCACUAAAGAAGAAAGAAGAACAUCAAAUGACACUGGCCUCUCUUCGGUACCAAUGAAGAACUCAGGUGAGGAAAUGAUUAUAUCAGAAAAAAUUAAAACACUCUCUGAUAACACCUCCAGCCCUAAAACUCAGUCCAAAGGCGAAUUGUCUAAUUUUUCGAAUGAUAGUGUGGAACCCUUCGCCAAAGGCAUUUCCUCUUUUGAUCUAACAGCAGAUGAAAAAGUAGGAAACGCUACUGGAGAAGUGAAACUUACAUCGUACUCUGAGUUGAACCUAACGCCUAAAGAAAAGCUUGAAAGUGGAUCAGAAAACAAACAAACUUCAAUGGAUUGUGUAUCCAGCUCAACAACCUCAAUUGCAUCUUCGCAGAUUUCUCCAGGUAAUAAAGAGGCUAAGUCAGAUGCAGACACUGACUCAAGUACACCCCCGACGAAGGCCAAGUUAUCUUUGGCAGAUUACAUGCAGAAGAAGCAAACUUGUUCAAAGUCUGUGAGUCACCGAAAUCAAACUGUGAGUCCACAAAAUCUUCUGCUUGAUACAUCCUUUGAUAGAGUUUCAUCCCAAUUAUCUUCUAAAUAUAUCUCCAAGUUGAACCGGCAGGAGCUCAGGCCCGAAGGAUCAGCUAUGACUAAACUAUCUGUGGUGUUACAGAAAGGCCUUUCAGAAGAUCAAAAUAACAACCAAAAGAUAACAAACUGUCCUGAAGGUGACUUAACAGCUCCUAUUGUGUCGAAAAAAUCGCAGCCAGAUAAUUCUGGAUUGAAGUCAACCAGCGACUUGGCCAAGAAGGCAUCCUCAAACAGAAGUUCUGCCUCUCGGAAUAAAAGCUCUCUCACCCUAACUUUUAAGAGGUUAUCUGGGAAGGAACAUGAAAAUUGGAAGGUAGAAUGUGAAAAUAAGGGAAAGAGCGAAAAAGUUCAGAGAAAGCGGUGGAAACUUCCACGGAUCGACUGUGAUAAAAUGACAUCUAAAAUGGCUUCCAAAGCUUUUUGUUCAGUUCGGCGAAGAGUUUCGUUGGAUGAAAGUUUUGCUAACAUUUUGACUAAUCGCCUGAAGGAUGAAUCUUUCUCUAACAUAGGAGACUGCAUGCUGCGGCAAAUGAAAUAUGGGUUGCCUGAAUAUGAAAGAUCACCCAAUGUAAUCUACAGCAAAAUCAAAGAUACUUAUCUUGAGAAUAAAGUUUUUGCCAUCAAAGUUCUGUCACUCUUCAGACAGUACACACCUGAGAUAUUGGGUCUCAGUGAACCCUGCACGCCAUACGAUAAAAAAUUUUAUCCCAAAGCAGGAAAAAUUGAAGGGCGGUACUUUUGGCAGACAAGCUGUGAACUUAUGAAGGCGGAAUCUUUAGAGAAAGAGCUUAAAGAGAAUCAGGCCAACAUUUCCCCUGCGUCUACAGGAUUGGUUAAUCCUCCAUCAUUCUCUCCGAAAUCAGUUCGCACCACCCCCUUGAAAACUCCAACUCCCUCUAAAACACCACCCCUAAUGGCCCGUAUAACUCCACCUAAAGCUCCAGAAGCUUGUCCUCUGUCUUCAGGGCUCGAUGAAGCACUCAAUUGGUGUAAAUUAGCCUUGAAAAGGAAGUUGGAAUCUGCGUGUCUUAAACCAGCACCCAAAAAGAAGCGUUUAGAAGCCCAACUUAACUCGAGUAGCAGCAGUGAAGACAGUGACGAAAGUGCCGAAGAGUCAAGUGAUGACAGUUCUGAUAGCAGUGAUAGUGACAGUGGAAAAAUUUCAGAGAUUGUGUUAGACGAGUCUUGUGAAGGUAGUGAUUACUUAUCUCUUACCACCUCAGACAUUGGUUGCGAUGAGUUUUCGAGAACACCAAAUGGUAAAAAAUCAGAUAUCAAUGCAAAUCGCCGAAACAAAAUUGUGGACUUGGAACCAUCCUCGAUCUUAGGAACCAGCGAAAAGUUGGGAUUGGUAAAACCUCUUCUUGAAACCCUGUCAGGCGUUGGGCACGACAAGCCCCCUAGUGCGCCCAGUGAUGAAAAUCUCAAAUCAGAUCUCAAUAAUGAAGUUGUGGACAUGGAAAUUUGUCAGUCACCUACUGACAUAGGAAACAGCACAUGUGUAGGAUCGGUUGAACCUGAAAAAUCUGCAGAUCUCAAAAUUAUGGCGGAUGUCAGUCAGACACAAUCCCCUGACUUCAGAUCACGAUUUAAAUCUCUGAAAUCACUCCUUCAAGAUAAUACAAAAUUCAGCCAAUACCAAUCAUUUCUUCCCAACAAACCCACCUCUCCUACCAAGCAAUGCGAUUAUUUUGAUUUUGAUAUAGAGCCUCUAGAUAGUAGUUUCUACGAUCACAAUUCCAGUUAUCUAAAACCCUCCAGUGAUUGGCAUUAUGCUGAAACCAUCAAGUCUCCCGUGCUCCAAUAUCAGCCACCUUUAUCCACCCUCAGCCCAAAGGACAGCUCCUCUGCAGUCUCAACUGUAGAUUCUGGAGUGGAUGAUAUGAACAUUAAUCCUCUACCAAGAAUUACCGAAGAGGACUCCUCAAAAAUUAGUACAGAAAAAACCCAAAAUAUCAGUGAGCUUUGUCAGAUAGAUCAACUAGCGCUUUCAGACUCACAGCCUUCGAAGACAGAAGAAUCGCUCCUUCCUAAGAGUGGUUCAAUAUCUAUCCUCAGCCUUGCGGACAGCUCCUCCUCAGUUUCUAUGCCAGACUCUGAAACGGAUGGAAUAGGUAGUUGUCUUCCUCAAAUAAUUACGGAACAGAAUUCCACCAACAGUAAUACAGAACUAACCCAAAAGAUCAGUAAGCCACAUAAGGUAGAUAAACCAACGCUCCUAGAUCUGCAGCCUUCAGGGACAGAUGAAGUGCCUGCUCAUUCAAGUGUUUCGACAUCCAAUCAAGUUUCGUCAACAAAGAGUGAAAUCUCAACAAGCCAAAUCCCAACCCUUGUAAGCGGCUGUGUCCUGCCAAAAACUGAGUUAGAUUCCAGCCGAGCCUCGCCUAAAAAAUCGAACAACAGCAAUAGCUGUAUACCGCCACUGAUUGAGUUAGAUUCCAGUCAAAUAUCGCCUGAAAAAUUGAACAAUAGCAAUAGCUACACUCCGCCAGUGAUUGAGUUAGAUUCAUCUCCUGAUACGAACCAGUGGACAGUUGUAGACUCUUUUGGAUCAGAAACUGCCCACCAUCCUAGUCAUUGUGAAUCGCUCUACAAGAUUGAACAGGCAAACUCGUUGACUUCAGCGUUGUUUACCCCUCCACCUCCUCCAACACAAUCGCCCUCUACCUUCCAACCACCACCACCACCACCAAAUGAGCCUCAAGCACCACCCCCACCUCCUCUAACACAAUCCCUUUCAAUCUUCCAACCACCACCACCCCCAUCUAAGAAACCCCCAUCUAAGAAACCUCCACCACCACCCCCAACUAAGAAACCUCCACCACCACCCCCAUCUAAGAAACCUCCACCACCACCCCCA